CCCGCUCCCUCCUGCCAAACUGUUACCCUGAGUGUUACCGUCAGGAGCAAUGACAUCAGGGUUUUAAAACAACUUGUUAUUCGGGGAGUAAUCAGUUGCAAUUAGGCAUUAAUUAAGUAUUAUGAAAGUUGAUUAUUUAAGUGAAUUCGGCUUUCGACUCUCCGACUAUGAGUUUGGGACCAAGGAGAGGAGAAUGGAUCUUGGAACAGCUGAAGGUACCCGGUGCACUGACCCGCCCACAGGCAAGCCCGCGAUGGCGGCCAAACGCAAGGGCGGCUUGAAGCUCAACGCCAUCUGUGCCAAGCUGAGCCGCCAGGUGGUGGUGGAGAAGGGAGCCGAGGCCAGCUCCUUGCCCGAGGGCAGUCCUCUGCGGCCCCGGGACAAGGAGCACAGUGGCCCUGAGUCGGGGGCGGCCCGCGUGGCCCGCAGUGAAGAAGACAAGAGGCGGGCAGUGAUCGAGAAGUGGGUCAACGGGGAGUACAGCGAAGAGCCAGCACCUACCCCCCUGCUGGGGCGACUGUCCCGUGAGGGCCUGGAGCUGCCACCCGAGGGUGUCUACAUGGUCCAGCCCCAGGGCUGCAGUGAUGAGGAAGACCACGCGGAAGAGCCCCCCAAGGACGGCGGUGUCCUGGAAGAGAAGGCGUCGGACGGGGCGGCCUCCAAGGAUGACAGCGGGCCCAGCGCCAAGCAGCCUUCAGGAGAGGCCUCCUCACUGCGGGACUACGCAGCCUCCACCAUGACUGAGUUCCUGGGCAUGUUUGGCUACGAUGACCAGAACACAAGGGACGAACUGGCCAGAAAGAUCAGCUUCGAAAAACUGCAUGCUGGCUCCACCCCUGAGGCGGCCACUUCCUCCAUGCCGCCCGCCUCGGAGGAGACCCUCAGCAAGAGGGCGCGUUUCUCCAAGUACGAGGAAUAUAUCCGCAAGCUCAAAGCUGGCGAGCAGCUCUCCUGGCCAGCCCAUGGAGCCAAGGCCGAGGAGCGGGCGGGCAAGGAGGUGGUGGGCCCCCUGCCGGGCCUGCGGCUGCCAGGCAACACCACGCACCUGGAGACCAAGGCCACCAUACUGCCCCUGCCAUCCCACAGCAGCGUCCAGAUGCAGAGCCUAGUGGCCCGGGCCUCCAAGUACGACUUCUUCAUCCACAAACUGAAGACGGGCGAGAACCUCCGGCCCCAGAACGGGAGCACCUACAAGAAGCCAUCCAAGUACGACCUGGAGAACGUCAAGUACCUGCACCUGUUCAAACCGGGAGAGGGCAGCCCCGACAUGGGCGGGGCCAUUGCCUUCAAGACAGGCAAGGUGGGGCGCCCUUCCAAAUACGACGUCCGGGGCAUCCAGAAGCCAGGCCCCACCAAGGUCCCGCCUACCCCCAGCCUGCCUCCUGCACCCCUGGCCAGUGGGCCCAGCACUCCCAGUGCCCCUGGCCCGGGGCCUGAGCCACCUGCCUCCCUGUCCUUCAACACUCCUGAGUACCUGAAGUCAACCUUCUCCAAAACAGACUCCAUCACCACUGGGACCGUCUCUACUGUCAAGAAUGGACUGCCCACAGAUAAACCCGCUGUCAGUGAAGAUGUAAACAUUUACCAGAAAUAUAUCGCCAGGUUCUCCGGCAGUCAGCACUGUGGGCACAUCCACUGCGCCUACCAGUACCGCGAGCACUACCACUGCCUGGACCCCGAGUGCAACUACCAGAGGUUCACGAGUAAGCAGGACGUGAUCCGGCACUACAACAUGCACAAGAAGCGCGACAACUCGCUGCAGCACGGCUUCAUGCGCUUCAGCCCUCUGGACGACUGCAGUGUCUACUACCACGGCUGCCACCUGAACGGGAAGAGCACCCACUACCACUGCAUGCAGGUGGGCUGUAACAAGGUUUACACCAGCACCUCAGACGUCAUGACCCACGAGAACUUCCACAAGAAGAACACACAGCUCAUCAACGACGGCUUCCAGCGCUUCCGGGCCACCGAGGACUGCGGCACGGCAGACUGCCAGUUCUACGGGCAGAAGACCACACACUUCCACUGCAGGCGCCCCGGCUGUACUUUCACCUUCAAGAACAAGUGUGACAUCGAGAAGCACAAAAGCUACCACAUCAAGGACGAUGCCUACGCCAAGGACGGCUUCAAGAAGUUCUACAAGUAUGAGGAGUGCAAGUACGAGGGCUGCAUGUACAGCAAGGCCACCAACCACUUCCACUGCAUCCGUGCUGGCUGCGGCUUCACCUUCACCUCCACCAGCCAGAUGACCUCGCACAAGCGCAAGCAUGAGCGCCGGCACAUCCGCGCCUCGGGCGUGCUGGGGCUGCCGCCCUCGCUGCUGGGCACCAAGGACACGGAGCACGAGGAGUCCAGCAACGACGACCUGGUCGACUUCUCCGCCCUGAGCAGCAAGAACUCGAGCCUGAGCGCCUCUCCCACCAGCCAGCAGUCCUCGGCUCCCCUGGCCUCCACGGCCGAGGCUGUGCCCGGUGCCGCCGCCAAGCCUCCCAACAGCAAGAUCCCGGGGCUGCUGCCCCAGGGCCUGCCUGGCUCCGUCCCCCUGGCCCUGGCCCUCUCCAACUCUGGCCUGCCCUCCACCACACCCUACUUCCCUCUCCUUCCCGGCCGUGGCAGUGCCUCCCUGCCCACCAGCGCCCCCGGCCUCCUGGGGACCAUGUCCUCUGGGCCCACAGCCUCAGCCACCCCCGACACCCCUGCUCUGGUGGCCUCAGGAGCGGCAGACUCGGCCCCGGGCACUGUCAGCUCUGUCUCUGUGCCCCCCGCCUCCAUCAUGGAGAGGAUUUCUGCAAGCAAGGGCCUCAUCUCACCCAUGAUGGCCAGACUGGCCGCAGCUGCCCUCAAGCCCUCUGCCACCUUUGACCCAGGAAGCGGACAGCAGGCCGCCCCCGCCAGGUUCCCCCCGGCCCAGGUGAAGCAAGAGCCCAGUGAGAACCCUGGCCCCCUGGGCCCCCACGAGGCCUCCCAGGACCGCAGUCGGGACCUGACUGUGAAGGAGCUGAGUAAUGAAUCAAAUGGCCACGCAGUCCCGGCAAAUUCAUCUCUUUUAUCCUCGCUUAUGAAUAAGGUGUCUCAGGGCAACCCCAGCAUCGGCAGCCUGUUGAACAUCAAGACAGACGCAGAGGGAAGCCCUGCGGCCGAGUCCUCGCCCUUCGUGAACAAGGCCGUGAAGGCCUUGGUCCCGGAGAAGCUCUCAGAGCCCUGGAAGGUGUACCUGCGCAGGUUUGGCACCAAGGACUUCUGCGACGCCCAGUGUGACUUCUUGCACAAGGCCCACUUCCACUGCGUGGUGGAGGAGUGUGGCGCGCUCUUCAGCACCCUGGACGGGGCUAUCAAGCAUGCCAACUUCCACUUCCGGACGGAGGGAGGAGCGGCUAAAGGCAACCCAGAGGCUGCCUUCCCGGCCUCAGCUGCUGAGACCAAAGCUUCCUUGGCCCCGUCGCCCCCUCCAGCGCCGGCGGUCAGCGCAGCCCCGGCGGGGUCCUCCCUGGAGGGGCCCACGCCCAGCCCAGCCUCGGUGCCCUCCACCCCCACCCUGCUUGCCUGGAAGCAGCUGGCUUCCGCCAUACCUCAGAUGCCUCAGAUCCCAGCAUCAGUGCCUCACCUGCCCGCGUCGCCCUUGGCAACGACUUCUCUAGAGAACGCCAAGCCCCAGGUCAAACCCGGAUUCCUGCAGUUCCAGGAGAAUGAUCCUUGCCUGGCCACGGACUGCAAGUACGCCAACAAGUUCCACUUCCACUGUCUCUUCGGGAACUGCAAAUACGUCUGUAAGACCUCCGGCAAGGCCGAGUCCCACUGUCUGGACCACAUCAACCCCAACAACAACCUGGUGAACGUGCGAGACCAGUUUGCCUACUACUCUCUGCAGUGUCUCUGUCCCAACCAGCACUGCGAGUUCCGGAUGCGCGGCCACUACCACUGCCUCCGGGCCGGCUGCUACUUCGUGACCAACAUCACCACCAAGCUGCCGUGGCACAUAAAGAAGCAUGAGAAGGCAGAGCGGCGGGCAGCCAAUGGCUUCAAGUACUUCACCAAGCGCGAGGAGUGCGGCAGGCUAGGCUGCAAGUACAACCAGGUCAACAGUCACUUCCACUGCAUCCGGGAAGGCUGCCAGUUCUCCUUCCUCCUCAAGCACCAGAUGACCUCGCAUGCCCGGAAGCACAUGCGUAGGAUGCUGGGCAAGAACUUCGACCGCGUGCCCCCGUCGCAGGGCGCCCCCAGCCUGCUGGACACGGAGACGGACGAGUACAUGGAUUACACGGGCUGCAGCCCCGGCGCCGUGUCCUCCGAGUCAUCCACCAUGGACCGCAGCUGCUCCAGCACGCCCGUGGGCAACGAGAGCACGGCGGCAGGGAACACCAUCUCCAUGCCCGCCGCGUCGGGGGCCAAGAAGCGCUUCUGGAUCAUCGAGGACAUGUCGCCGUUCGGCAAGCGCCGGAAGACGGCGGCGUCGCGCAAGAUGCUGGACGAGGGCAUGAUGCUGGACGGCUUCCGGCGCUUCGACCUGUACGAGGACUGCAAGGACGCGGCGUGCCAGUUCUCGCUCAAGGUCACGCACUACCACUGCACGCGCGAGAACUGCGGCUACAAGUUCUGCGGGCGCACGCACAUGUACAAGCACGCGCAGCACCACGACCGCGUGGACAACCUCGUGCUCGACGACUUCAAGCGCUUCAAGGCGUCGCUGAGCUGCCACUUCGCCGACUGCCCCUUCUCGGGCACCAGCACGCACUUCCACUGCCUGCGCUGCCGCUUUCGCUGCACGGACAGCACCAAGGUCACGGCGCACCGCAAGCACCACGGCAAGCAGGACGUGAUCAGCGCCGCGGGCUUCCGCCAGUUCAGCUCGAGCGCCGACUGCGCCGUGCCCGAGUGCAAGUACAAGCUCAAGUGCUCGCACUUCCACUGCACGCACCCGGGCUGCCGCCACACGGUGGUGGGCAUGUCGCAGAUGGACUCGCACAAGCGCAAGCACGAGAAGCAGGAGCGCGGGGAGCCCCCCGCAGCCGCGUCCCCCGGGGGCGCCGAGGGCCCCGCGCCCGGCGGCCUGGACGGCUCGCUCACGCUGGGCGCCGAGCCGGGCUCGCUGCUCUUCCUGCAGUCGGCGGCCGCGGGCCUGGGGCUGGCGCUGGGCGAGGCGGGCGACCCCGGGCCCCCCGGCGCAGCCCCCUCCGCGCCCGGCCCGGCCGCCGCCGCCGGGGAGUCCUCCCAGGACGACGAGGAGGAGGAGCUGGCGCUGCAGGAGGAGGAGGCCGAGGACGACGACGACGAGGAGGACGAAGACGAGGACGAGGACGACGAGGACGAAGACGAGGAGGAGGACGAGGACCUGCGCACCGACUCGGAGGAGUCGCUGCCCGAGGCCGCGGCGGCGCCCGGGACCCCGGGGCUGGCCACCCUGGGCGGCCCCGCGCCCGGCCCCGCGCCCGCCGCCGCCUCGCCCUAGCCGCCC